AUGUCUCAAAACAACCGCAUCGUCCUCCCGGACAGGCUCGUCCCCAUGCGCGUCAUCGUCUGCGGUGCCCAGCGAACAGGAACCCUCAGCGCGCGCAAUGCGCUCUUCCGACUCGGCUUCCACGACUGCUACCACAUGCACGACGUCCGCAACAACCCCGUGACCGACGGCCCUCAAUGGAUCCGCGCCCUCCGAGCCAAGUUCGCCGGCGAGGGGACACCAUUCGAGAAGGAGGACUGGGACAGGCUCCUGGGCCGGUGCCAGGCCGUCUCUGACGUCCCCGCCGCCUUCUUCGGGCCUGAGCUUGCGGAGGCGUACCCGGACGCCAAGGUGAUCAUCCUGAACCGCGACCCCGAGAAGUGGUACAACAGCGUGUUGGGUAGCAUACACAGCGACAGGACGUUGGGCUUCAAGCUCAAGAUGAUCUUCUGCCUCAUCUUCACUCCCGAGGCGAGGGCGUGGGUUCGGUUCGGCAUGACGAUGGGCUCGACGUUCGGGUUCAACAUCCGUACUGAGAAGGACAAGGCGCUGGCCUGGUAUGAGAGGACCUACGAGGAGUGGAGGGAGGGUAUCCCGGAGGAGCAGCGUAUCGAGUACUCUGUCGGCGAUGGGUGGAAGCCUCUGUGUGAUCACCUUGGGGUUCCUGUGCCCUUGGUGGAGGACCCAGAGAGCGGCGAGUUGGUAGAGCCACCGUUCCCUCACGUCAAUGACCGAUCCUCAUUUCUCGGGGAGAUGGCACAUGUUCAGGCUGGCUGGGUAUCAAAAGGCGUCGACAACUUGUUCGGCCUGAUAGGCAGGACUGUUGUAUAUGGGUCGGCGGCGUACGUUGGCUAUUUGGUUUGGAAGACACGACUUGGGGGUCGUAUCUAG